AUGCUCAACAGCCUCUCAAUCUUCACUCGCCUUGCCGUCGUCUUUGCUUUCUGUUCCGUCACCGUUCUCGCCGUUACGGACGCUGCUCCAACUUCGCCCACCCAAAAUCCUGUCCUCCGGACAUUGACCGCACACACCAUGCAGCUCGUGGAAGUGACUACGCCGGUGUCCUAUGAUGAAGUCACCGCGCGCCUGUACGCGCUUCUGGGCCCAUUGAAUUCUGCGGACGUUCUUCACGGCGCCACCUCUGUUGCUGAUCUUCAGGAAAGAGUCGGGGCCGUGCUAGGUUCCAGUGGAUUUAUGCACUUCAUCGAAUUCGACCACGGCGCCUGGCAUCAACUUUUCUACUCGACUCCUACUCCGCGAUUCAAGAUCUACGUCUUUGGCAAUCCUCUCAUUGCUGAAACGAUGGUCCAAUUCGACCUCCGUGCCGGAUACAACGUGCCACCCCGUCUGAUGAUCAUAGAGAACGGGAAUGGAACGAAGAUUGUCCACCAUCUUUUGUCUUCCGUCAUUGAUAUGUCGGGGCCGGCCAACCUGACGGUGGCCGCCGCGGCUUUGGAUUCACGAUUUGCGGCCUUCGUGAACAACAUAACAGCUGCUGUGUGA